GGCUUGUCCUAGCGCCCCUCCCCUCCAGUCCUGUGGGGAGUGUGGGAGCUGCGGAGGUGCCCAACGCCUGCAGCGGUGGCAGGAGGACCCUGGUCAGCAUCUGCGGCUGUCAGGUAGGCGGAUUUGAGAGGCCUUGUCUUCCUGAUUCUUUAGAAGCCAUCUCGUCGCCGCUGGCACUAUGCUGUCCCCUCAAAGAGCUUUACUCUGCAACCUCAACCACAUCCACCUCCAGCAUGUCUCUCUGGGCCUGCACUUGUCCCGCCGUCCUGAGCUACAGGAGGGGCCUUUGAGCACAUCCUUUCCCCCAGGAGACACGGGGGGCAAGGAGAGCCGGGGCCCCUGCAGCGGGACCCUGGUGGAUGCUAAUUCCAACAGCCCAGCCGUGCCCUGCAGAUGCUGCCAGGAGCACGGGCCAGGUCUAGACAGCCGACAGGACCCAGCACAGGAGGAAGAGGGAGCUGCCUCUCCCUCGGACCCGGGCUGCUCCUCCUCUCUCAGCUCCUGCUCAGAUCUUAGCCCUGAUGAAUCCCCCAUCUCAGUCUACUUGCGGGACCUCCCCGGCGAUGAAGAUGUCCACCCUCAGACCAGCAUCAUCCCCCUGGAGCAGGACUCCCGUCUGCCCUCCACAGGCCCUGGUGCCUGCUCUCCUGACAGCUUCUGCUGUUCUCCUGAUUCCUGCUCCGGAGCUUCCUCCCCACCCAGCCAUGUUCUGGACUCCAACUGCAAUGCCUUGACCACCUGCCAGGACCUCCCUUACCCUGGCUUAGAGGAAGAGGACGUGUGUGGGGAGCAGGACCUCCCUACCUCCGAGGUCCCAGAGGCAGAUGAUGGGAAGAUCGACGCUAGAAAAACCGAACCCAGUUGGAAAAUCAACCCCAUUUGGAAAAUUGACACAGAGAAAACCGAAGCUGGCUGGAAAAUCACUGACAACAAUAACUCUGGUUGGAAAAUCAAUGGGAAUACUAACUCCAGUUGGAAAACUGAAUCUGGAAAAUUCGACUCCGGCUGGAAAACCAACAUAAGAAUAACUGAGUCCGGUUUGAAAACAGACGCAGGGAAAAGUGAUGGGGGAUGGAGAGGUGACGUCAGCGAGGAGCCAGUGCCCCACAGGACAAUCACAUCUUUCCAUGAGCUGGCCCAGAAGCGCAAGCGGGGCCCGGGUCUGCCCCUCGUGCCGCAAGCCAAGAAAGACCGCAGUGACUGGCUUAUAGUCUUCUCUCCUGACACCGAACAGCCUCCCACCGGGUCGCUGGGAGGCUCUCAGGUGGCGCCCCGGGAAGUUACCACCUUCAAGGAACUUCGGUCCCGAAGCCGGGCCCCGCCCCCACCAGUCCCGCCCCGUGAUUCCCCCGCUGGCUGGGCUUUGGUCCCGCCCCGGCCCCCACCUCCACCCGUCCCUCCCCGGAGAAAAAAGAACCGACAGGGGCUGCAGCCCAUAGCGGAGGCGCAACCCGAAGAGGGCAGGGCGGUCAGCCCCGUGGAGGGCGAAAAGGCCCCAGCGGCCAAAGAGCCGGAGCAGCCCGGCGCCCAGGCCGGCCUUGAGGUCCGCAGUUCCUGGUCCUUCGCCGGUGUCCCCCGGGCCCAGCGACUGUGGAUGGCAGAAGCCCAGAGUGGGACUGGCCAGCUGCAGGAGCAGAAAAAAGGUCUCCUGAUAGCCGUCAGCGCCUCCGUGGAUAAAAUCAUCUCGCACUUUGGGGCAGCCCGAAACUUGGUUCAGAAGGCCCAGUUGGGGGAUAGUCGGCUGAGCCCAGAUGUGGGGCACCUGGUGCUGACCACCCUCUGUCCCGCCCUCCAUGCCUUGGUGGCUGACGGGCUGAAGCCUUUCCGGAAGGACCUCAUCACUGGGCAGCGCAGGAGCAGCCCCUGGAGCGUGGUGGAGGCCUCUGUGAAGCCAGGCUCCAGCACCCGGGCCUUUGGAACCCUGUACAGCCAGGUGAGCCGUCUGGCCCCGCUGAGUAGCAGCAGAAGCCGCUUCCACGCCUUCAUCCUGGGCCUCCUCAACACUAAGCAGCUGGAGCUGUGGUUUUCCAGUCUCCAGGAAGAUGCAGGCCUGCUGUCCCUCCUGUACCUGCCCACGGGAUUCUUCUCCAUGGCCCGGGGUGGCUGCCCCUCCCUGUCCACAGAACUGCUGCUCCUGCUACAGCCGUUGUCUGUGCUCACCUUCCAUCUGGAUCUGCUCUUUGAGCACCACCAUCACCUGCCCCUGGGCCCGCCUCAGGCUCCUGCCCGCCCCGGCUCGCCUCCAGCCCUGCAGCAGACUGUGCAGGCCAUGCUGCACUGGGGAGGGCGGCUGGCCCAGAGCCUUCGUGGGGCUUCUGGGGAGACCCCUCCAGGCCCUUCAGCCCCUUCAAGCCCUCCCAAACCAGGCAGCUGGUGGGAGCAGCUGACCCAGGCCUCCCGGGUCUAUGCGUCUGGGGGCACCGAGGGCUUCUCCCUUCCUCGGUGGGGAUCCAGGCGGCAAGGGACUGUGGCUGAGGGGCCACAGGAGAGAUCGUUGCCUCCCGAGGACGCAGCACCAGGCAGAGGCGUGUGGCUGGGGAGACUGUUCGGAGUGCCUGGGGGCCUUACAGAAACCGAGAGUGGGGCUCUAAAGUCCAGGAGACCGUCCAGCUGGCUGCCUCCUACAGUGAGUGUGCUGGCUCUGGUGAAGAGGGCGCCACCUCCCUGCUCUCCUGAGGAGCUCGAGGCCUCAGCACCCAGCAUGGUGCAGACCUACAGGGCGGUCCGUGCUCUCUGUGACCACACUGCUGCGGGACCUGAUCAGCUGAGCUUCCGGCGGGGGGAAGUGCUGCGUGUCAUCGCCACUCUGGAUGAGGACUGGCUCCGCUGUGGGCGGGAUGGAGUGGAGGGGCUGGUACCUGUGGGGUACACCUCUCUUGUUCUCUAGGCCUAGGACCUUUUCCUUUCCUUCUUGUGUCUCUCCCUCCUGUCACCUGGGAAUGGAAUGGCCUGUGAACACUAACCUGUGUAAACUGAUCAUCCAGAAGCAUUUUCGUCUGUAAAAUGACACUUUUCUCCCACAUCUGUUUUUGCUAAUAUGUAAAUUUUCCUUCUUUCCUCUGAUACCCACCUGUAAGUUGAAAUCUGCUCUUCUUCCAAAUAUAUACAAAGGAAUUUCCCUCCAUGCAGCCUUCUUCCUCUUCCCCAUCUGCAUAAGGGAACAUCUCCCUAUCUAUCUGCAAAAUGGAAAUCUAGCCCCAUCUACCUUUUCAUGUGUAAGUGACUUCUGCCAAUGCAGUGUAUGCCUCAGUUCCCAAGACUAGAGGGUCUCUAGUCUCCUUCCUGUAUAUGAAUCCUCCCCCACUCCACCCAUCCCACGUUGCCUGUAUUUAUUAUGUACUCAUGUUGUACUAGGUGCUGAACACCCCUGGCGGGUGGGCCUGUGGUGUUCGUCUGCCUCCUUCCUCCUUUGUCCCAAUAAAGUGUGGGAGUUGAAUGUGUGUGUGUCAGCUGUGGGCUUUAGGACGCAGGCUGUACGGGAAAGGAGGGAGGCCCUCUUAUGGCAAGAUCAAGGGAGAUGCUUCCUUCCGAGUCCAGAUUCAGUUCUGUUUCCUGAGGAAUGGAGAAGUGGUCCUUGGUUGUGUCUGAAUUUCAGAUGUGCUUUUCUAUUUUGAGGCUUUUAAUUGCUUUGUUUUGUGAGACUGAUAGGUGGAAGCCUGAGUAAAUAUGGGAGAGUAGGGAAGACGUAGCCCUUGAAACUGUACUCAUUACAUCUGUAUCUGAGGGGAGGGGAAGGAUUAGAGCUGCAGUGACACAUUUUUUUUCUAUUUAACAUCACCCUUCUGUGGUAACACAAUUUCAGAAAUCACAGUAACUGGACAUCUGCAACUUUGUUAGGAGUUAAUCAGUUUCAUUCUUUUGAAAUGAGAGUAGUUAAGAUGCUCUGGAGCUUUGAGGAUGGGUUUGGAAACCACUAUAAAUGAUUGCCUAGAGAAUAACCAAGGUUAGAAGAAUAGAAAGCUAUACAGUAAUUAUAAGCAGGCAACAGGAAAGUUAGGGGGAAGGUGAGAACUAUGAAGGGAAACACAGGAAGGAUAUAUGCAAGUUCUCCUCCAUCUUUGGGAACUUGGAGAGGACAACAGGCAGGUGAUAGAAGGGGGAAGUAAAAACACAUCCAAAGCUUUGUAAAUGCUCAGAGCAGGCUUUGGUUAGCCUCAAAUGUUUCAUACUCUUGUUGUUUUCUAAGACUUACUCAAUCCCAUUCCUGGCCAGUUCUUAUUCUUCAUCCCCUCCUUGCUUUAAUUUUGCAUUUGUUUGGCUACCCUCUCAAUUUUGACUUCAGUUUGCUUUUUGAAAGGUGUGUUCUGGAGUGAUUUUCCCCAACUAGAUUCUGAGUCUCUGGGGAUUCCUGGUUAUAUUCUCGGGAGUUUAUGAAGCUUCUUCAAUUAAUUACUAUUGCAAAAGAAGUUUUAUUUUUAUAAUGUUUUAAAUUAUAAAAUAGUAGACGUGGAAGACUACCAUGUUUGGGCUUUGGGACGUUUGCCAGUGAGGUCUGCAGAGUGCUCUUGGGGUGGGGAGCACGAUUUCUCAAGCUUCAGAAAUCUCUUACCGACACAAAGCUUCUAUUUACCAUGGAUUUAACCUACUAUUCCUUUUUCUGACUCCUAGCCCCACAUACUUGGUUUUACAGUGGGGAAUCCUAGUAAGAAGAGUCCUAAGGUAAGUAGUGUUGGAGCAUCAGUGAGAUUUAGGGACAUCUGCAGUCAGAGCUUAGUGGUUCUUAGGGUUGCGCAUGUGGUAACAGAGUAGUGGGAGUUCCUUGCAGAACAUCAGGGAGAGGCCAAACACUGAUAUGAAAUUAGAUGUAGUUGUAAACUAUUAUUAUGUAUUAUGUAGAAUAGAACAUCUAUAGUAGAUACCAGUGUUUAAAAAAAAUUAAACAU